GAUUUUAAAGUAAAAUUAAAAUUAAAAUUAAGAUUUUACUUGACAGUCACCGUGACUCAAACUAAAACCCUAACAAAGCCUCUGUAGUGCAAUCUUCUGCCAUGGCCCUUCUUCUCCGUCUCAAUCGUCGGAGGGCAACCAGCUCUCGCACNCUCUUCUUCUCGACUUCGAAUUCCGAUUCUAACUCCGGCUCCAACUCUCCCUUCUCUUCCCUUUUNAGAGAGGUAAGGGAAAAUCUCAAACAACCCNCAUCCCCUUCCUCAAACCCUCGCUCACAACCACUCUUCGCAAACGAGAUCCGAAAAAACCUCAGCGAGUUCCGCGCCAAGACCGCUCCUCCUCCGCCCGGCCACCCGUCGCAGCAGCAGCAGCAGCAAUUUUCGUUCCAGCAAAUCUACCAGCGCCAGAACGCGCAGGGGAAUCCCCCCAGAUCGGGAGAACCGCCCUCCCUCAGAAUGGAUACCAUUCGCGAGAGCCUGCGGAACUUUUCUGGUGCCCAAAACUCGCCGUGGCAGGGCCGUCCUGGGAUGAUCGGCGGCACGAACGCCUUGCCGCAGGACAUUUUCGGGAAAGAGAUGAGGAAAGAGGGUACGCAGUCGAAGACGAUGUUUUCGGCGGGGUUCUUGAAGACUUACAGCGUGGAGGAUUUGGGGAAGAAAUUGAGAAAGCUGAGGCCGGAGGGAAAGGAAAAGGGUUGGUUUUCAGUGAGGGAGUUGAAUGAGAGGUUGGUGAGGUUGAGGAAGAUGGAGGAGGAGCAAGCCCGUUCCAAUAUCCAUGAUUCUACUAUUGGCGCAAUAAGGGAAUGUCUCGUUGAGAUUAAUCAAGAGCAAAAUAAUGCCGCGAAGAAAGCUUCAGCACAGGGACUUAGCAUAUUGAACCAUUUGAGUGGGACUCCAACCUUCUCUCUGGAACCUCCUAAACCCCAUCUUGUUGAAAAGUACUUUCAUCCGGAUAACAUGUCCUCCGCUGAGAAGAUGAAAGUUGAGCUUGCGAAGGUUAGGGAUGAGUUUAAAAUGUCGGAGUCGGACUGCGGUUCUGCGCGUGUUCAAAUUGCCCAACUCACAACUAAGAUCAAGCAUCUAUCCGCAGUCCUACACAAGAAGGAUGUUCAUUCUCGUAAAGGAUUGAUAGCAAUGGUUCAGAGGAGAAAAAGAUUACUGAAAUACCUCAGAAGAACUGAUUGGGAUUCCUAUUGCUUUGUUAUCUCUAAGCUGGGUCUUCGUGAUAAUCCUGAGCAUAGCUAUAGAUCUCGAACUAGUAUGGCAACUUAAUGGUGGUCAGAUUAGAUGAAAGAAACCCCAACGUGAAAAAAUUGGAAAGAAAACCAGCCGCAUGAUGAAAAGUCGUCUGGGUUGUGCAUUUUUAUUGGGGUCAGUCAGGUGUGAACCAAACUGCUCAAGUGGCUGAAUCACUGGUUUUCAGGUCUGGUUUUUACAACUACAAUCCUCACAUCAAUUACUGAUGCAAUUUGUUAUUCCAAAUUUAUUUGUGUAUGAGGAGAUCAAUAUUCUGAUCAGCCCCUUCAAUUAUUUUAUACCAGCCUUGGAUGGAUUUUUGUUUUGUACAAUAGUGGCAAUAAGCUUUGGACCUAUAAUCUUGUGCACACUACUCAAAAUCACCUACCAUAACCUAGAACCUUUGGGUGAAUUUAAGCUAAAGUAUUAUUUUGACCA